ACGAUUCUGCGAUUCUGUGUCGUGUUUCCAGCCGGUUGUGUUUGACAGUAGGACCGCUUUCCGCUGGAGUGACGUGGUUAGGUGAAGAAAAGGGAGUUUCUGUGUUGGAUUUCAUCUCGGUUUUUAUUUUCAGCUGUUGUAUUUUUUAAUAUACCAUUUUCAUCAGCCGCUGUUAAAGGAGCAGGGAAGCUACAUUUGUAGAUACUUAGGUCGAGAUCCUGGGGUGAUAGACAGGAGAGAAACGAAGUGCCUAGAGCGAGCGAGAGAAGAAGAAUCAGAUUCGGGGUUGUUGUGAUUGUCAGGGUGACUCGCCAUGAAGCUGUACAGCCUGAGUGUUCUCCAUAAAGGGGCUUCCAAAGCCAACCUCCUCAAAGCAGCCUAUGACUUGUCCUCUUUCAGCUUCUUUCAGAGGUCCAGUGUGCAAGAGUUCAUGACCUUUACCAGCUCCUUGAUUGUGGAACGUUCAUCGCAUGGAAGCCGGGCAUCUGUCAAGGAACAAGAGUACCUGUGCCACGUGUACGUGCGUAAUGACUCGCUGAGCGCAGUGGUGAUCGCUGACAACGAGUACCCUUCCAGAGUCUGCUUCACUCUGCUCGAUAAGGUAUUAGAUGAAUUCUCCAAGCAGGUGGAUAGGAUAGACUGGCCUUCUGGCUCGCCAACUACAAUCAACUACACCGCACUAGACGGCUACCUCGCCAAAUACCAGAAUCCUCGGGAGGCUGAUGCUAUGUCCAAAGUACAGGCAGAGUUGGACGAAACCAAAAUCAUUCUGCACAACACAAUGGAGUCCUUGUUGGAGAGGGGUGAGAAGCUGGAUGAUUUAGUCCAGAAGUCUGAACACUUGGGAAACCAAUCCAAAGCCUUUUACAAAACUGCUCGCAAGCAAAACUCGUGUUGUGAGAUCAUGUGAUCCUCCUCACCAGGCCCACUGGACCUACUGAUCUCUGACUAUCAAGCCUUCUUAACAUUCAGAACCGAGCCUCGAGCACACAGGACACGAGAGCAGACACUUAACAAACAAUUAUUUGACAUCUGUCUUUUACUUCCGAGAGCCUUAAAAACUAGGGGAGGCCAGUGUGAGAGAUUUUUUUAUCUGAUUUAAGAACAUUAAAAUGAUUUUAAAUUAAUUCCUUAAAUGCAAAGGGGGCUGAUUUGAAAGAGUGCGCCACAUUCCUGCAAGUUUGUUUGUUUGUUUGUUUGUUUUUUUGUUCUUCCUAUUGGCGGUUUUAACUGUGUUCAAUACUAUAUCAGAUUCUGUAUUCAUCACUACAAAGGUGUUGCCUAGAGCAUUAGCUUGCCCAUUUACCCAGUUUCCUGUUUGAAUUGCAGUGAUGUACUUGGCAGAUAAUUUGUAUUUGUUGUAUGUUUAGUUUUUUUAAUUGCUCUGCACAAUGGAAAUUGUUGUUCAUUAAGUUAAUCUGGCAAGCAGGAAAUCUUUCUAAGUAUAAAUGCUUUAUUAAAAGCCACGUUACUUACCUAUCUCUUAAACUAGCCUCUUGUCUUGCAUAUUGCGGUUUAGUCCAAGUAGCUUGAUGAUGUCAUUGCUUUACAGAAGUGAAGUGGAUUAUCUGCUCAUAGUUAGGAUGGCAAGAAUUAAAACACUGAUACAUCUUUCCCACACGCACACGACAUCUGGAUCGUUGCAUAAUGCAGCUUGUGUGUGCUUUCACUGCAGAUGCAAUCUUUACCAUGAUAGUCCUUUUACAAGCAUACAUGUUUUAUUAUAAAUCAAACACACACUGUUGAAGCCUGCAAUGUAGAACAUAAUUUGUAUGAUUUUAUUUAAUCUGUUUUUCCAUUUUAUGUCCUCAUUUAUUAGUUUUUGCAAACAUGGAGUUUUGGCAAGCAUAUUUUACUAUACCAUGGAUCACCAGCAUAUUUUACUAACUCUGAGCAUGGUGGAAUUUCUGUAGCCCAGUAUAAAAAUGACCACUAGAGGUGUGCACCAUUAAUUUCUUAACCACUGAAACUGUAAUUUUAAAUAUUGCAGACAAACUUGUGGUCUCGGUGAAAAAUAAAUUACCGGUGCACACUCCCAGUGGACUUCUUUUAAAACUGGCUUAAUUUUACAAAUUUCAGCUUGCCCAAUGUCCAGGAGAACAGCAAGAGCAAUAUAUGAUGAUAAAGGACACGCAUAAUGGUAACAUUAACAGAUAAAAACAGAGUAAUGCAAAUCCACUCAAAUCUAUUUUCUUACCUUGCACAGUAUUGAAGCUGAAGAUCUUUUCUUCUUUGUUUUCUAUUCUAUUCUUGUUUUUUUUCUUACAAGUUAUCUUAAGCAAUUUGCAAGGAAGUCACUUCAUUCUUUCAAAUCGGUCCCCUGAUCCUCUCUGUUCGGGACUGUUUCCCUGAGCUGGACCUGUUCAAAUCUCUUUCAAACCAGACUGGUCUCUACAUGCAUAGAUACACUGUUUAAAAUAUUGAAGAAAAGUAAUCUUGUGUAGCUAUAAUUAACUAAUUGUGUUUUUGGGGUUGUCCAAUUCAUUAAUUCCUUUUUUGCAAAAAAAGUUUUUUUUUCUGUUACCAAUGAAAACUCAUGACAGCCUGCAAUCCCUCACAUUUUUCGUGUCUGAAUAUUCUUUCAAAUCAUACCUAUUCCAUCAUUUUUUAUUUAGAGUAAAAAUGGAAGUUACCACAGAGAAAUAUCUUAGGAGUACAAUUAACCACUGUAUCCCACUGGAAUUCCGUUCUAAGCAUAAUCAUUUUAUUUAAAACCUGGUGGUAUAGUACGGUCUACAGUAAGGUUGAUCCAUUCUGAAGGCAGCCUCUUUGAAUAUUCAAAGGUCUCUCCCAGCAACCAGCUUUUCUGGGGUGUGUGGGGGUUGAUUUACUUUUUUUUAAUUUUUUUUUUAAUGAUGGUUAAGUGCAUCAGCACAAAAUUAGAUUGUUACAAAUGUUAUCGUCGAGAAACAUUUUAAAGGAAGAUACAUUGCAGGACCUAGCUGAUCUUUUUUUUUUUUUUUUUUCCCAUUAAUUAUGUGAUGAUUCCAGCAAGAGGCUUAACAAAAACUCCAUGUAUUUCUGCUGUCAGUUCCUGUGUAAUUUGGCUGUGUGUGUGUGUUUGGUGUCUGUAAGCGUGUGUGUGCGUGACUGUACUUACUAAUGGACAGUGUUUGUGACAUGGGCACAAUGCCCCAGUACUAUUGCUGUUAAAUUGUAUGUGCUGUGUGCAAUAUUUUUACACUCUUGCUAUUCUGGUGUCUGCUUUACAAUCUUGUGCCCAUAGGCUUUCAUUAAAGUCUUCUGGAUUGUUAAAGAGCAUGUGUAGAAAAUGGUGCCUCUACCAGGCCUUGCAGUGACCAGUUGACUCCGGGUGGUGCCAAUGUCAACCAUAAACUUGGACUGCAAACAGCCUGAAACACGGGUUGAAUCGGAAACAUUUUUCAAUUCCAAAACUGGUCACAUUGUUCAGCUGCAAAUUUUGAGAUCUAUCUUUAGGUAUUGCUUGAAGCUGAAAAAAGACUGAAAUAUUGUAUAAUUUAAAAAGUUGUGGAAAGACAAUCGAUUCCCUUUGGAUAGCAGUUUGAGCCAUUCCAGAGAUUACACUGCGUGUACAUACAUUUGAGUUUGUGCACUGAGGCUCAGACAAUUCUGUAAUACAAUGAGUUUGGUGGUCUGCAUCAAAAGGAGAGACCGAAGUCUGGUCAAUGCUCAUUUCAUGAGCAUCAAAUGACUACAUUUGAUGUCAUUCACAACUGUUGCUGGACCCCUAUGUGAAUCUCUUUUGAGAAGUUAAAGGAAGUGUGUGGGCACAAGGUCAUAUCACAGCAGAGUUAACUUUACUCCGUUUGGGAAUUGUACCACCAUUUUGUUCUCGUUUUUUUUUUUCUGCUUGGAAAAGACUGUUUGGUUCCAUAGCAUUUAACACCAGAGAAAGUAAUCUUUUAAACUUACCCAAAUUCUGAUCUUCAUGGUAUCUGUAAACCAAAAAAAAAAUCCAUUCUAUUAAUCUACAUUUUCAUUUUCCCCCUUUCUAUAACCAAGCUAAUUUGUAAAUGUGCUUUAUGUAGAUAAUUUAUUGUCAUUUUCAGAUAGUUAUCACUGAAAACCUGUCAGUAAAAAAUAUUAAUUAAAAAAAAAAAGUUUAUUUUAAUAAACGUUGCCUAAUCUCUUCUCUAAUUACUGUUUACAUUAAUUGUAAUCUUGCCUAUAUAAAGUGUAUAAAGUUUGCUUUGGGAAAA